AUGUGUAUUAGCAAUCUUACUGUUGUCAAUCAUCAGGGAGAUUCUGAUCUGGUUAAUGGCGCCAAAAUUGAAACAAUCAAGGUCCGUGUUGUUAUUGAUAUCUUCUUUGCUCUCUUUUCUCUUAACCUACACGCUAUGAUUUACUCCAGCCUUCUCAGUAAGCUUGUUGCAGCAGCAUGUGUCUCUCACGUAUCCACCGCUCAUCCUGGUCAAACAGUCCAAGAGCUGCAAGGUGAGAUUGUUGAGCGUAAUAUCUUCUUUGAGGAGACGAACACGUCUCGUGAUCUCAGCCACUGUUGUGGUGUGGAGGACAAAAAUAGAGAGUGUAUUGCGGCUGCUGUUGCCCGAGCUCAUGCUGACUUGGGGCUUCCACAGAAGAAAGCGCCCAUCAAAGCUAGAGCCACAAGUCCUGUUAGAAUCUCGCAUCUCUCUGGUCUCGAUGUCACCCCUACUAUGCCCAACGUGGAAGAGAUAAUUUAUAGCAACUCUUCUUGUAUUCUGUCACUUGAAGGAGAGAAAGGUCCAUUCUACGUAUCAGGAGAGCAUAUCCGUAGCGAUCUUCGCGAAACUCGGGCUGGCGUUCCUCUUGAUAUUUGGAACUGUAAAUCUACCGGCGUUUAUGGCGGCAUUCCAGCCAGCCCUAUAAAUGGUAAUGCCGGAGAUGCUUCUAAUAUAAACAAGACUUUUCUUCGUGGCCUUCAACCAACGGACGUUGAAGAAGUUGCGCAAUUUACUUCUCUCUUCCCGGGAUAUUAUGCGGGUAGAACAACUCAUGCAUGUUGUUGCACACAUUGGAGGUACCUCUCCCAUAUCGGGCAGGUAUUUUCCGAUCAGAGCUUGAUUACCAAGGUGGAAGCUUUGGCUCCUUAUAACACCGACACACAAAGGUUGACCGCAAAUGCUACCCAUAGAGUUGUGGCUGCUGAAUUAUGUUUUUUGGCAUGCCAUUCUCUUUUGUGCUUUCCAUUUUCUUAUGUCAUAGCUUCUGGUAACAGAAUUAUGAUGAUUGCUGGUGGCUCGGACCCAUUCUUCAACUAUGUCUUGCUUGGUGAUACAAUAUCUGAUGGGAUAUUUGCCUGGAUCACCUUUGGUGUAAAUCAAGGUGCAACCUACACAGCUAGUGCUGCUGCAAGACUCACUGCCAAUGAUGGUGUUCCCAUUGCUGGAGGAGGUCGUCCACCUAUUGCAUAG